GCUGAUUAUUAGUGAUUAUUGCAUCUUUCUGUGUAUUUCUUUCCAUGUUCAUUGUCUAUAAUAAAUAGAAGAAAGACAUUUAAAAUAGACAACUGUCUCCGUGAUUUUUGAAUAAUUGUUAUUAGGUUGUGACUUUGUAAUGUGAAUGUGAUUGAUGCGCGGGCACGUUUAGACUACGACUACGACGAAUUCUACAAUUAACAAUCUUAGCGGAAAAGUUUCUGUCAUUGUAAAUAGCAGAAAAUUUUCGUGCUUAAUAAACGUCUAUCCAUGUUCUAGAGUAACGUAAAGGAAAUUUUAAAAAACAAACAAGACUAAUGGAUUUUGAAAGCCCCGACGUUGAGAAAGAAUUUCCAGGACUUUAUGCCUCGGAUGCUGCCAAGAAAAGCGAAAGUGACUUUUCAUUAGGUUAGGUUUGAUUAAAGAACGAUUCCCCCCUUUUCCACUGUAUAUUUCUCAUCAUUUACAGUAUAUAUUGUAUUAACAAAAUGCAUGUUAGUGAUGAUGGAGCACAUGAUAAACAUUCAAAAAAAGAAUUAUUAGGUAGCAGCAAAAAAAAGGAUAAGAAAGAUAAGAAAGAUAGAGGGUAUGCAACAUUGGAAGGAGAGAGCUCAGCAGAUGAAGAAGAAACAAAAAGUCCUUCAAAAUCCAAAUCCAAAACAAAGACUUUCAAAUUUCCUAGUAAAAGUAGAGAAAAGAGAGAAAAAUCUAGAGAAAAAGAUGUUAAAGAGAAAGACUCUGAUAAAGAUAAGAAAAAGAAGGAUAAGGAAACAGAUAAAGAGAUUGACAAAGAAAAGCGUAAAGAGAAAGACAGAGUGAAACAAAAGUAUAAAGAUCGUAAAAAAGCCAAACAUGGUGAUGACGCUGCUGAUAUUGGAGAAGAGGAGCCAAUUUUUGGAGUGAGUUUGAAUUUAGCUGUUGAAAGAAGUCGUUGUCACGAUGGCACAGAAUUGCCUCUUGUUGUUAGAGAUUGUAUAGAUUAUUUGGAAGAAUAUGGUAUGUCUACAGAAGGAUUGUACAAAAUACCUGGAAAUAAGUCUAAAGUGCAACAUUUAAAAAAACUAUACAAUCAACGAGAAACCAUAAAUAUGUCAGAGUUUGAACCAACAGUUGCAACUAGUUUAUUGCUACUUUUCAUCAAAGAAUUACCUGAACCAGUUUUAGAAAGUAGCGAAUUGAUAUCUCGAUUUGAACAAGCAGCAUCAACAAAAGAACUUGCUCAGAGGGAAUGUCAACUUGCAGAAUUAGCUAGUCAACAAUUGGCUGAAUGUAACAGGGUACUUUUAGCCUGGAUUACGUUACAUUUAGAUCAUGUGACUGCCUGUGAAAAAACAACGAAAAUGAACGCACAAACUGUUGCAAUGACUCUAAGCCCAGCAUUACAGAUGAGCCACAGGCUUUUAUUAGCUUUACUGUUCCACUGUAAAGCCUUAUUCCCGAGAGUGCGCCUGACAAAGUACAUUCCACCGCUACCAACUGGUAGCACUAAUUUGCCAGAAACGGCUCAAGGCAUAGCCGCGGAAUUGUCAAAGCAAGAAUCUCUUCUGGCACAGAUUCAUAUGCUUAUGAACGCGGGUUAUGUCAAUAAAUCUCGCGAAGAACAAUUAUGGGAGGUGCAACGAAUGAUCACGCAAUUGAAGAGAAAGUACAAAUCAGUUCAAAAGCUGGAAGGUUCGACACAGAAGAGUUUAGACGAGGAUGCAAUCAAACAGCAGCAGCAGCACGAAGAAAGUAAAUCAAACUCAUCCGACAAUCAGUCAAAGAUAGUAGCGAGCUCCGAAGACGACAACGAUCGUCUGAAAGUAUCUGACGUUCCGAGAAAUGAUGCGAAUCGCAGAAGAAGAUCCGCUGAAGGUGCUAUUCACCCAGCAGUGACGCCGUCGGAGACAGAUGCAAAAUUAUCGGUAGAUAACGUCGAUAGUAAGACCGAGGUACCAUUAAAUUUGACGUCGGAUAAAGUUACUGAAGAAGAAGCUGGAAUAUUACAAAAGCCAGCAAAAGCGGAGGAACCAGCCGAGAACGAAGUGGAUAGGCUGCGCGAAAGACUGAUACACGAGGAGCUACUAAACAUGCAAGCUUUGUUAAAAACUCGUAUAUCUCAGGAGCGACACGAGAUUGAAAGACUGCACGAGCUAUUGGCGGAACGCAUUGGCUCGGGAAACGCGAAGCUGCCGAGCGUUGACCGAACUCAUAGUCCUAGCGAGGCCGAGAUGACGGCUAUGAUUCAGUUGGUUAAUGAAAAUCAGUUAUUGGAGAAGAAAAUGACUACUCUGAUUCGCAGCAUCGUUGAGGAAAAAGACACGUGCGUAGAGCUGAGAGUGCAGUUAGCUCUGCGCCACCAGCUGAUAGCAGCCGAAAAGAACAACGUCGUUAAGCAGCUGUAACUUCGAUUAAUUAUUUAUAUAUGAUUUCUCCUUCGCUUUAUCUGUUCAAUGACUAGCAAUUUUGCUAAAGUACGUCAGCUUCAACUCGAACUUUAUGUCAGAUGUACACGCGCGCAAUGUUACUCCAAAUUUAUAUAUUUGCUCACGAUUGAUUCGCAGUAGCUGUAACAGAAACAAACUUUAAUUAAAUGUUUGUCAGGAUCGUUCGCUCGAAUAUGAGAACUUGAACUUACUGAACUGUUUAUACUCUUGAGGAAGAUUGUUAACUUCAUAUUUUUUCUUAAGUAAAGUCAAAGGCGCUAGAGUAUGGUAUUGAAAUCCUGAGACGCAUCAGUCCACUAGUUUUAUUAAAGUUAUCAAUCGGACUUGAAUAAAUCAAGACGAAAUGAAUAUUGUAAAUAAAUAUUUUCACAAAAACUAACAAGUUCGAGCUUUAUUGAAUGAAUUAUUGUUAAGAGUUUUAGCUGACGGGAAUUAAUAUUUUGAUGAUUAUAGAAUACCAAGUUCGUGAAGUAAGAUUUGUGCGUAUUGAAAGACCUUCAUUUUCUUUGGCGUUACAUACCCUUACACUUUACAUGCAAAAGUAUGUGUGUGUAUGUGCGUGAGCGCGCGCGCGCGCGCGUGUGUGUGUGUGUGUGUGUGUGUGUGUGUGUGUGUGUGUGUGUGUGUGUGUGUGUGACAUGAGCUUUUUAUUGUCGGAAGGAGCAGCACGCGAAUUGGCGAGAAUGAAUGCAUACCAGUCUUUUACUACUGCUACAUAAGUGUCCAUCAGCGAGGACUGCUACUCCAGAGCGUGCCGCACAAGCGGCGAUCGGUUCAUUUCGAGGGAGAGCAGUUUGUGGCGCGAUCGACUCACAUGCUUUCCCGUGCCGGCUGCAUUCAGGUACCGUUUAACCCUACUCGCAAAGGGGCUCGUUGAGCGGUCAAAGCUUUUCUGCCUUGGUCUUAUAUUCGAGCUCAAUUCGCUCCCAGCACUUGGAUAGUCUCUUUCUCUCUCGACUCACCGAAUAUUUUGAUCAUCGACGCAGCAACGUUUACCACAAGUACGCGUCAUCAUCUUGCAAAGCAUUAUUUCCGCUGUGAAGCAAUUGAUAGAUUUGACGAUCAUCGACAGAUCAGGUAUGAUACUAGAGGCCGAGGACCUUCAGCGAUGUCGACAUUUGUAAUGAAUACAAGCUUGCCGUCUUGGUGCCUCGUUACCACUUACCAAUGUUAUCGCAAUUGGCCCAUCGCUUUUUCAGACUCCAGCAGCUAGACAGCGCCUGGGCAUGAUAUCGUUACUUUGUCGAAACGAUGCAUUGAUAGGGCCACACGUUAGAUCGUAAACUCGUAGUCGAGGCUAUGUUUUGUGGCAGCGAUUUUGUCUACAGCUCUGGCCAGUCCCCCUGAAUGCGACCCGCCGCCAAUUCUGUCUCGCAAUUACGUUUCGCUACCUAGUG